AUGUGUAGUGUUCACUACAACCACAGCCUUAAGGCCAUGAGCGACAGUGACAUCAUGGCCUAUUCUCUGAGCCUAGAACAGAAAACAGCAUUUGCAUUUGUGGGGAUGUUGCUGGUCUUUCUCGGGUUAUUGAUCGUUAGGUGUUUCAGGAUCUUGUUGGACCCUUACAGCAGCAUGCCCUCAUCCAGCUGGGGUGACGGGAUGGAGGGGCUUGAGAAAGGGACGUUUGAAUAUGCCCUGACCUGA